UACAGGAGACGUAUAUUUAAACCAGAGCCGGUUCCGCAUGAACUCCCCUUUGAACAGCAUGUACGGCGUCGUUAAUGGCGUGUUCGGCUGGCGCUGGAGGAGGCUGUUGUUCGUUUUGGAGUAAAUGGUCCUCGAUAACGGCGGCGAUAUCUACGACUUGUGGUUGCACUGGAUCAGACAUGUCAAGACUUGGCUGCGACACAUACUAGAGCGUUUCACACAAAAAUUUCCCUCCUUAGCUGGGUCAUCUUCGUAGCGAAAUGUGACAGACAACCUGUUUUGGCUCUACUUUUAUGUAAGCCUACUCACUAAAGGGAUUAUUUGAAUGUAAUAAAGUAAUCUAUUAACAUAUUUCUAAAUAAAGUGGCAUUGUUUGCUAAUGCUUCCAGUGCAAAUAUUACUUACUUAGGCAGCGUUUACACUGUACCGUUUUCGUAGCGUUCUCGUAUUGUUCUUAAUCCUCAAGGGAACGCAAGACAAUAGUCUAGUUCUCUCGAACAAUACGAGAACGCCACGAAAACGGUACAGUGUAAACGCUGCCUUAGGCAGCGUUUAAACUGUACCGUUUUCGUAGCGUUCUCGUAUUGUUCUUAAUCCUCAAGGGAACGCAAGACAAUAGUCUAGUUCUCUUGAACAAUACGAGAACGCUACGAAAACGGUACAGUGUAAACGCUGCCUUAGAUAACGAUUGUAUGCCUAUACAGUGUGUCCCCCAAAAAGUACCCUUUAUAGCAAUUAUCCUAUUGUUAUAAGGGUACUUUUUUGGGGGACACACUGUAGAUAGAAGAUCUACAGUAUGCUAAAUGGUCAAACCUCCAUCUAAUAAACAUGGAGAUAAAUCUUUAGGAGGUGCAUUUUGUGCAUUCUUAAAACCAAAGCGUUAGGCCCGUAACGUGUGCGAGAGGUCCGUAUCGUGUGGUACGGACAUCUUGUCAACCAAUCAGAAGGCUCCAUUUACAUUACGGGCUAGGGAUUACCGGGAUCGGAAAAAAAUAAAUGGAUUUAUGUGCUCGCGCCAAAAACAAUAUACCGUUCAUAAUAAAUUAUUUUCGCUACGAUAAUGUAUGUCAAAAGCUUCAAUACGUUUGCGUUCAUCUUGGUAUGUUAUAUUUUUAUGCAAUGUUUUCCAAAUCAUGAUGUCAGAUUGAUCAGGUCCUCCACUCCUAUAAGAUUCUAUAUGUUUGCAUGUACACAGUUUGUUUGUCCAUCUUUAAGUGUUCCUGUCUCGCGACCCAAUUGUUCUACCGGUUUCGCCAACAUAUACUAUACCGCAAUGUGAACAUGUCAGUGAUCUCAUAAAUAUCAUUCUUUAUCGGACAUUGUUGACAUUCAUUCUUUGUCAGACGAUGUUUCGCAAUCUUUCCGGCAGCUCGCUCUAUAUCUCUGGGCGGGGCAAAUACUUGUGAUGAAGGUCUGCCGUUCAUAAUAUGAAUUUUGACAUUGUUGAUUUCUGAUUAGAAAAAUAUAGAAAAAUAUAGGCGAGGGGUUAUUGCGUGCAUGUAUUUCCAGUAACCUAUAUUCCUGUGUAUUCUAAAACUCUUAAAACAAACAACUCUAAGUUAUAUAUUCUGCUUUUCAGGCACUAGCUGUCUCGAUAUCAAAAAUAAAGGUUUAAGUCAAGGCGACGGAAAAUAUUUGACAGACCCAGAUGGAGAAGGCCAAGGCAAUCCGUUCGAAGCAUAUUGUGACAUGACAUCAUUUGGCGGAGGUUGGACCAUGUGUUACACGACUGAUAGUUAUGUUAAUAUCAAAACUGAGCUCAUCACAACUCCUACCCAUGGCUAUCGAGCAGACUGUAACAACAUACUGGUAAGUUUACUCUUCUUUAUUUUAUUUUCAUUAUAAAUGAAAUCCAUAGAAUUGCUUUCUAUUAUAUUAAGACGGUGGAGAAAAUAUGGACGGAGUUUACAAAAAGUUAAAGAAACGGUUAUACUCAAGUUUCACGCUCCGCCCAGUAUCGACAUGUUCCUAUCCUGUGCGUUUAUGAGAGGCAUUCAAACCUCUGAACGCCUGCCGUUUCUAAUAUCUUAGUAGGUGAUCGCCUGUCGUAAGUAAAGAAAAAUUACGACAGCAUUGCAGCGGAUACACCAAAAUCAUAGGCGCCGUGAAGAAGUUGAACUUUUAUGUGGUCUCAAUAUGCUGUGUCAUGACAGUUCCGUCGAUUCUGUAUGCGUGACGUUUGCGUAUUGACAAAAACGUUGCACGCCUAAACAGUACUCCUGUGUUUUCCAUGAAUUGUGGAACCAGCCUCGUACCCAGGCGCAAAUAACGUACUAAAAAUAGCAACACUACAGUGCUUUUAUAUAGAUCAGUGGCUAAGAUGAGCGAGCGCGCGGGGGUGCUUGGGAAGGACUCGGGAAACGAAGCACCUGGCAGAAUUUGUAACAAACAUGGCGGACAUGAGAAUGCAAAGAAGGAAAUUGCUGUACUAUACUAAAUGAAAUUGAAAGGCUUGCCUAACGAGCGGUACAUUUGGGAAAGAUUUUAUGUCCAAAUGAUCACUGCGUUGAUAAUAAGGAUUUUUCCUCGAAAACGGUAUUUUAAUUAAAGGUCUCCUCAGGAGACCAGCCUCUCGAAUAUUAGAAAGUCUGCUGGUCAUAUGAGAGAACUCAAGAUCAUUGAACAUUCUAAAAAAAAUAACGAUUUAUUUCAAAUGGUUGAAAAUAUAUGUCUGGUGUUGGAUGCACAUCAUGAAAUAUACUGCCUUUUUGCAGUUUGAAAGAGAAACUGACCAAACAAAGUCAAAGAAACUGGCUUAUUCUUGAAUCUUUUAAUUUUAAUAUAAAUAUUUUAAUAAUACAUUGAAUUUAUAUGGAAUGUUGAAAUUACUAUUUAUUUGUACUAAUGAUACCUUUUACCCCAGAGGAGAAAAUUUAUAACUAGAAAAUAUUUUAUUGUAGGUUUCUUAGUUUCUAAAAUAUUACCAAUAAAAAGGCCUAUAUUAAACAUGCAUGAGUGCUUUAUAGUAUGCAAAAUAUCAGUGAAGAUAUAAACAUUUAAUAAAUUUAAUAAUAUAAAACCUGUUUUGGCCAUUGAGCUAUUGUUGUAAGUGGCUGACAGUAAGUUUAAAGGCUAAAGCACAAACCAACCCAGUGUUUUAUACUUUGAUGUGUAUUUUGUGCUUCACCUUGCAUUUGACCUAUAAAGGCUAUUGCCCUUGAUUGCCAAAAUCUACCAUGUUUACACUAAGGAAUGGGGUAUACUCUGGAUAUUUGAUAUUUGAAAUUUGAAAAAUGAUAUUUGAAAAAUAUGUGGCAAACAUAUCAUCUGAUGGUCUCACUGAAAAUAUGUGUCAACAUUAAACAUACACACAUUACAUAUACACACACAAAAAUACACAUACACAUGUACCAUAUACACACUUAACACACAUGAUUUACCCUGUUGUCAUGGAAAUUGGUCUCGGGAUUAAACAAUCCAAACAUGUGCAUACUACAGGGUGAGCCAUCCCAAAUUCUUCACCUGAAAUCAUUAUCAGGUCACUCAGGGUAGGUCCCAGUAAAGUGCUUGGACAAGUGUAGGUUUGUAAUGUAAAUACAACAAGACCUAUCCCAGUUGUUUCUGUGCUUGCUCCUAAAUCCUGUAUAUGGUCAUUGGUUCAGCCAAGUUCGAAAGGGCAUAUAUACAACUUGACUGAAUGAGAUAUACCUCAUCCACAUGCUAUGCAUGCAAACAACAACCCCUGUAACAUUUAAAGUCUUGAGAAGUUUAUUUAUUUUGCUCAUAACAUAAACUACUAGUAUUUACAUUCAAAGGAAUCUAGAGCUAUAGCAAUAUUUAUGCAAAUUUAAUACUCUUGUGGUUUUUUAUUUAUAGACCCAUGCACUAACCCACAGCUGAACUUCUCAACAAGCUAGGUACAUUAGCACAAAUUAACAGCUUAGCCCAUUAAGUUCCACUGCACCCUACUGGGGCUAUGGUGGCAUGCUGAUUGCACCACCGACUUUGGUAGUGCAAUUGUCAGAGCAAGGACUUUUUACCUCCGAGAUUGUUGGUUCAAUUCUCACCACUUCAAUGACACUUAUGUGAAAAGAGUCAUGCAGUAAACAACACUCUGACAAAAGUUGUGGGUUUUCUCCGGGAAAUCCAGUUUUCUAUAGAAGGAAUGUUGACAGGGUGGCUUGGGAUUAGCCUCUAACUCACCCUCCAUAAGGUGGCUUCCAGAGGCACCCUCAGAAAGCCUUAUACUCAAUCAAAUUGUGCUAUGUUGAACUGUACCAGCUACAGAGAAAAUAUACAUUUUAUGGGUUGCAAAUAUAAUAUAUCUAUAAUAAUAUUCAUAUCAAAUGUAGUUGAAGAUCUUUUGGAAUUCAAGAACAUCACUGCACACAAUACACUGAAAAACAAAAAUAUUCAAAUCACUUCAUGGCAAAUUUAAUAUAUGUGUAUCAAGCAGUAGUCAUAGUAGUGACAGCACUACUGGGCUCUGUAUCAAUUCAGUGAUUGUUUGCUGAAAAUAAACUAUUCAAGUAUUUACAACUUUUAGAAUUGUAUAGUAUAAAGACAUUUGAUCAGCAAAUCUCUUUGGCUGGAACUCGACAUGGGCUUUUAAUUCGGGUGUUAAAUUAUUAAAGGUGCUUCCCAGGUUGAAAUUAUUCUUUCUCCUUUUGUGGGGAGCUUACAGAUUCUUUUAAAAUAUGAAACCUAUUUCUUGUAGUCAUCUUGACCAAGAUUUAUACAAUGAUGCACACAUAAUAUACAGAGAAUAAUGAAAUCUCAAGGCAAACCAAUAGAAACACUCACCUCUAACACCCUUUUCUUGAUAAUUCCUUGAUAAUUCCUGCAACGAUUGUUCCAGGUCAUCCAUAAGCACAUAUAAAUAUAAUAUUCAGCACCAAAAACGCCAAAAAUAAUUGAAAAGGCACGAGUAAAAAGCUGAAUGGUUCGACUCUCCAGAUAUCGUAUUUCUGGAGAUUCAUAUUUACAUUUUCUGCCAUGAGGCGCUGCAGAAUCCCGUCGUGCCCUGACCUAGCACCCUCGCGCGCUCGCUCAUCUUAGCCACUUAUCUAUAUAAAAACACUGUAGUGUUGCUAUUUUUAGCACGUCAUUUGCGCCUGGGUACGAGGCUGUUGCGGAACCCAACACCUGUAGGUAGCAAAGGAUGUUUUCUAAUGACUAUAUUUUAUUUCAGUUUACUGGAGUGAUAUUUGUAGAUGAAGCAACGAAAGAAAAAGCGGCAUUUAACAAGAGUGGUCCAGCUGUUACUUUUUCUGGUAAUUAUAACAAGAAGGCCGAUGCAUUUGGUUUGUGGACCGCACAAGGUGUUGCAUCAACAGAUUACAAAUAUCAAAUGUUAAUUUGUGAUACAAAUUUCUACAAGGGCCUCCAUUUUUCUGGGUAUACAGCUGGCUGCUACAAACGUUGUGCUAACUGGUGUAAUGACAGAUCUUCUCCAUACUUUCGCACAUCUGCUGUCUCCACCAAAGCCCGUUACCAAGGUGUUGCUUUCAACGAAAAUGGUUUUUCACCGGCGCCAAAGCGUGUCGUCCGUGCAGGAAUUCGUUAA